CCAAAUCAGGUGAUGAGGAUUGUUUUUGUUAGUGAGCCAUGGCGUGUGUUGUCAGUGUUGAGGGAGGCUGGUGAAGUGCAGGUGCUCGCACACCCCACAAUGUGAGUCCUCAAGGUACUGAACCAUGCAGAGUGUCUUAGUAUACGGGCGACUUUUCUCGAGAGCCGUCGCAAACGGCAUAUAUAGUGUGAGUACAGGAGGCCAGGCAGCCGCUACUCAGCCACCGUCGGCUGUUGCUGCGUCUCCAUCACCAACAGAGGCAGACUCCUUUAACACACCCACUGGUUGUCCUAAGAAGUUACGGUUUCUUACAGCUGUCAGUGGUUUCCCCAAAAAUAGAACCAUAGAAAAGGUAAAACCCGGAAAAUUCGGGGACGACGCUUACUUCGUUGUGAAGCAUCCACAUGGAGAUGUUAUAGGUGUAGCAGAUGGUGUUGGUGGGUGGCGGGCGUGGGGAAUCGACCCUGGAGAGUUCUCUCAUUCGUUGAUGCGUGUGAGUGAACGAGUUGUACGAAGUGGACACUUCACCCCCUCAGAACCUGCUGCCAUUAUUGCAAGGGCCUACUAUGAAUUACUUGAGAAUAAGACACACAUCCUUGGAAGCAGCACAGCAUGUGUAGUGGUGUUGCAAGGCGAUGCAGGGCAACUGUACUCGGCAAAUAUUGGGGAUUCUGGUUUUGUAGUGGUGCGCAAUGGAUCAGUUGUGCACCGAUCACAAGAGCAGCAGCAUUACUUCAACACUCCCUUCCAGCUCUCCCUUCCUCCUCCUGGAACUAAUGCACAGGUCCUCAGUGACAGACCUGAGAGUGCUGACACUUUGGAGUUCCUAGUGAAAGAAGGAGACAUGCUGAUGGUGGCUACAGAUGGUGUAUUUGAUAAUCUCCCAGACUCUAUGAUUAUCAAGGAGAUGGUUAAAGUCCAGGGUUCUACCGAUUUAUUAUUGCUGCAACAGGCAGCCAAUUCUAUUGCACAGCAAGCUCGAAAAUUAGCAUUUGAUGAGGAUUAUAUGUCGCCAUUUGCUCGCAAUGCACGAGAAAAUGGUAUCAAUGCUAUAGGUGGGAAACCUGAUGACAUAACAGUAGUUUUGGCAACCAUAACGGUGUAAACUCAGCGGGGCCCCGGGAACCCAAAAGUAACAAUUAGUGCAACAUCCAGAGGCAAGUGUAUGACUCCACCAACUUUGCCAGUGCUAGCAUUAUGAUAUGCUUGGAUUGUACAAGUUUGUAUGUUUGGAAGGAAAAGGUACAGUAUGUUUUUUUUUUUUUUUUUUUACCCAGAAACGGGAAAUGGUUAUAUUUCAAGUUCUGUAAACUUGUGAACAGUGGUUGUAAAAUAUGGUUUUAGGUACAAUGCCACUUAAUAAAAUGCAACCCCUGAAAAACACUUAGAAGGUACUUGUUGCAUUUUGAUAUACAGUAUAUAUUUUGUUGUUGUCGAUGUCUAGGUUUCAGUACUCACGAAAAAUGGUUGUUAUCAAGCAUCUGAAAGAUGAUAAAUUGUCAUGCUACAUAAAUAUGAAUACAAUAUUAAAGGUUGAUUAAGACUUAUAAAUGUCACCAAGUAUACUUGGAACAUUACGGGCUCACCAUAGCCUGUGCUACAUGGAAAUUUUGUUCCGAGUAGCUGAAUCUAAAACAACAACUUAAAACAGGUAUCUACUGUAGGUGAUAUACUGUAAAAUUUAUAUUAAGACUACAACAAGAAUUUGAACCAAACUGAUUUAUAUAAAUAAAACUCAAAUUUAUGUUGUGGUCUUAGUUUUGUAACCAAAAGACAGUUAAGGUACUAAUGCUAUGUUCAACUAAUUGUCAGCCUUUCUGCUCAACAGAAUGGUGUCACUUAGCCUGUAACAAUUCUUCCUAAUAUAUGAACUUUAAAUUUUUUUAUCUACAAUUGACAAAACUGGAAAUUGAAUAAUUUUAAGCCAGAAAACACUGCACAAUGAGCAUAUGUAUUUUGAGUGUAAUGGUUGAACUUUUCUACCGAGUGUUACCUUUAUUAUUUUGGAUAAUAACUACCCACACAUUCCAUACCCUUGUUUCAUACAUACGUAGUUCAUCUACUUCGUUUUAACAGUAUUACUCUAGGGUAUGGAAUAGUAUUUAAACUGCAAAGUCAAUAACCACUGGAAAGUACUAUAUACAAUUCAGUAAUUAGUUCAAAGUAGCACAUUUAAUAAAAUGUUAUAUACUGCAUGUUCUAUAACUUGGUUUUCAUUAGUUCCAGUCCUAGAAUUUAUGGCAAAAGACAUUUUAAGUAGUUUGAGUUAUUGAUAAUUUCCUGGUUAUGUAACCUUUUAAACUGUGAUACAAAUAUAGUUUGGACAAACUUUAUUAACAGGCUCUGCAUAACAUUGUGUGUACUUAUGUGGUGAUGUAUUUUGAACAUUAUUGCAUGCCCUACGAGUUGCAGCACAUUACAAAUAAAUUUUGAAUAGAAAUGCUUAUUUUUUUUAGCUUGUAAAAAGGACAAAACUUCCAGAAACCAUAUAUGGGAAUGGUAAACACUCAAGUCAGCUGUUGCUUUUCUAAGAUCCUUAUUCACUAAUAUUUUAGCAUUGUAAUUUUUUUAGAAUUUAAAUUAAAAACUAGUUCAAGUUUAAAGUCUAGUCACAUCUUUGUGAAUUUGCAUUUUCCUAUUUAGGCCUAUGUUGGGGCAAUAUUUGUCAAUAGGUUGUUUAAACAAAAUCUAUCUCUCACCCUUUUUCACUAUACAAUCUUAUCAAGAUUAUAGUUAUUCAAAAUUUCAUGGUUAUGUAUAUAUUAUCUUUAACUGAAAUUUGAUAGAUAUUUAUUUGAAGACAAUUUACAAUAGAUUUCUGGGGCCCCAACACUUGUGUUAGUUGUGAGGAAUUGGCUCACCAAGGAACGUAGUAUUUGUAGGCUUAAUAGUGUUGUAUAUAUUGUUAUGGCAGGUGGACAAGUCUAUUUCAACCUAACCGAUUCUCAAGCAUGUCAGUUAUAUUUAAAAUGUUAGCAAAGAUUUGGGUUUCUGAAAAUAACUGUUGAGAUUGCUAUUGUCUUUUGUAAUUUAUAAUAAAUUGUCAUGGAAUUUUGUACAGGUACUGUAUUUAAGUUUAUUCACUUUGAUAAUUUUUGUGGAAUCUCUGUUUCUAAUGAUCUGUAGUUUAUUUCUGAAAUUAAUUAAGGUAGAACAAAGGUGUAUUACUCAUCAUCUGAUAUUGCUCAUUUGGCACCAAGAGAUGUACAUUUAAUAUAUAAUACACUUGCCAUUUUGCUGAUGAAUUUGCCUGUGUAUAAAUGCAGUCUCAACUGAAAUGUUCUUAAUUUUAGUGGGCAUAUUUCAAAUUACAGGUCACCAAAGUGUUUUUGACAAUUCAAAAGUGAUCAAUUAUUAAAGGUAAACAAAGUAACAUCUUCAGAUUAAACUUGAUUCCAAGACAAUCUUAGUAAACAUUAGUAACAGGUGGCAACAAGUAAAUAUUUGUUAUGCUUUCAAAGUUGUGAAAACAUUAUAUACAGUAUGAAAAUUUAAUGUGUAAAUAGGUUAUGAAAAAGUUGUUAAAAUAUUAAUAACUGUACUGAAAUGCUGGAUUUAAAAAAAUGACCAAGCACUAUACAUAUAAAGGAUGAAGAGAGUUGGCACAUUAUAACCAGUGAACUGUUUUGCAAAGCUUACCUGGAAAAGUGUGGAGUAAUUGAUGGUGAUGUUGCUUAAGACAAUGCAAUAUUAUUAUGUAUCAUAUUUGUAUUAUAUUAAUACAUGGUAAAUAAAA